UGCGUCCCGUCUCCAUGGAAACACUAACAAACAUGGCGGACUAACUUCUGCCGUUUGGAGAAAGUGUUUUUUAAGAAGAUAUUUUCCAAGGGAAGGAAAGCCUAGUGAAGCGAGAAAAAGGGUGAAAUGGACGACGAAGAAAGGGAAAGUCCACCUGGUGUGGCGUCAGACAGGCCAGGACAGCAGCACCUCAGCCCUGAUGAGGACAGUGAAGGAGAUGCUUCACGCCAGGAGACCUUGAACGAUGAUGAACCAGCCCUUCCUCCUGAUCUGGAGUGGUUAGAAGAGUUGUCUGAAGAGGACGAUGCUGAUGGUGAUCGUGACGUAGAGGUUGCGGCAGACAGUGGUAAGAAGAGGACUUGUGCCGCGACAGCACGGAUGUUCAAGCUGAGACGAAACCUGGACCAGCUGGACUGCUUUUACCAACAGAAGGAGCAUGACAUGCUGAAAGCCAGAGAAGAGCUUAAACUCUGUCGUCAGAAUAUUGAAAGUUUGGUGGAGCAUCGGGAUAACUUGGAAGAAGAGAUAGAGCGACAGAAAGCAGCAGAUAACAGUGUGGCUGUGAUUCGUUUGCGAGGCCAGCAUAAGCAUCUGUGUCAAAAGUUGCAGAGUGAGGAGGAGCUGGAGGGCCACAUCAACACUGAACUAAAACAACAAGAAUUGGAGCUGUGUGAGAUGGAGGUGGAGCUUGGCAGACUCUCCCCACUCCGGCAGGAGGUGCAGAAGGAGGUGCGGCUCUUCCAGGUCCUUAAGGCCCAGAAGGCAGCGACAAGGCUGCAGCAGGAGAGGACAGCCAACCAGAACCAGCAACUCAAGAUGCAGCAUCUCAGGGAAAAACAGGCAGCCAUGCUGAUGAAAGACGAGACUGAAUAUCAGAAGAAGAUUGAAGCGGGUCAGGCCAGCCGCAAGAUAGCUGCCAAGCACUUGAAACAGACCAUUAAAAGGAUGCAUCAGCAAGAGGCUGAGAAGGAGCAGCGGAACAGAGAGUUUCUGGAAAAGAGGAUACAGGCUGUCCAGUCACUGAAAUCAAACAUAGCAGCCACCCAAGGGCGCUUGCGGGUCCAACAAAGCAGAGCAAAAGCAAAUGCCCAGAAGAAAGAGCAGCAACAGAGACAACUGAGAGAAUCCCUGCAGGCUCAAGGCAUCAACAGUAUCAAACAUAUCUACCAACAGAAACAACUAGAGGAGACAAAACGAAAACAAGAGGAAUUCACAGAGAAGCAGAAGUCAAAGAGAGUGGAGAUUGUGGCAAAAAUCCUUCAGGAGGAACAGCAGGUAAAAAGCAGAAAGAGGCACCAGGCAGGAGUGCCUAAACCCUUAACUACUGACAGGUUCCCAUCCCUGGGGAAGGCAGGAGAGAAGCUCCUGUACUACCUGGAUCCCCACCCCCCAUCGGCUAGUGAGGAGAGACCCAUGAUACAGUUAAGAGAAGUCAGUGACAUCAGCAGCUCAUUGUCAAAUUCCUCUGAUGUUGAGGACCUGGAGGAAACCAUCCUGCCAGAAGGGGACCAUCAGAAUCUUGCUGAAAGCCUGGCUGAGCCUGAGUUCUCUGGGCUCUGGGACCAGAACUGCAAGUUACAGAAGCCCCAGAAUGAGAAAGCUAUGUUGGUGCAGACAGAAGUGAAGCAGAAAGAACCUGCAAUGGCCAGUGAAAAUCUCAACAGGACUGCUAAAAAAGUUCAUGGAAAAGAGUUGAAAGGACCUCCAUUCAUCAGUAAACCAGAGGUCAUCCUGUUCAAGGACUUCGAAGUGGGGAAAACGUACAAGAAGAAAAUUGUCCUGACUAACAUCAGCUACAUCACUAACAACUGCAAGCUUCUUGGGGUGUCCACCCAACUGAAGGAUUUCAUCUCUCUCAACUUUGAGCCUCCUGGUUCUUUAUCUUCUGGGAUGUCCUGUGAAAUGCAGGCUGUUUUUCAACCUAUGAUCAACGAGGACCUGGAAGGAGAGGUCCAGUUUGCAUCAGCAGUGGGCCCCUUCUCUGUGCCCGUCAGAUGCACCAUAAAGAAAUGUGAUCUGGAGGUUGACAGCCAGUUCAUUGACUUCGGUUUGCAUGUGGUGGGCCAGACUAUUUCACGGACUGUCAUCUUGACCAACAAGGGUGCACUGGCCACCCACUUCAGCCUGGACACCUCCACGUUUCUCAGUCCAGAAACUAGCCAAAUUCAGAUGCCAUCUCUGGUCUCUGCCAACACAUGCCAGGAGAUAAGCAGUCAAAACAUAACAUCUGCAUCUGCAUCCAUGGCCACUGCAGAACUCCAACAAAAGCAAGACAGUCAGGAGCUCUCUGAGGCAAUGCAGCAUGAGCAACCAGUUUCAGAGGCUUCACCUCCAGGUCCAGAAGAUACUCCUGAGGCUUGUGUGUCCACAGAUGUCCAGAUGCAUGAGAGCCACUCAGACUCCGGUGACAUAAGUCUUGGAAAUAUUAGAGAAGGGGAGAUUGGAGCUUUUGAAAGCAUCAAAUUGGAGGUUGUAUUCACUCCAACCAUUCCAGGAGAGGCCAAACUGGACUUCCACAUCAAAUUCUCUGACUUAACCAGCAAACCAAUACCUGUCCAGGUGAGGGCUGUGGCACUCAGCGUCCCUGUAUGGGUGGUCCAGCCCAGCAUUGACCUGAAGAUCUGCAUGUUUGACUGCCUCUACCAAGACAGUAUCAUGGUCCAGAGCAGAGCCAGCACAGCCUUGAAGCUGACCUUUGAGGUGUGCCCGGAAAUGAGGAAACACAUGGAGAUCUUACCAAAGACAGGCUUCAUCCAGGCUCAAUCAAGCUUUAAUGCCCAACUCAAGUUCUUGCCGAGAUGCUCCUUAUUCAAAGAUGCCAAGAAGUUUUUUGACAAAGAUACAGGAGUCCUGGAAGUCCCAAUGACAGUGCAAGUAGCAGGCCAGGUGAAGCCUGUCCAUUUCACAGUCCAAGCAGUUGUGACCUCUUCAGAUCUGCAGUUUGACCGCACUGAGGUGGAUUUUGGCUACUGCUCCAUUUACCAGUCAGUGAAGAGCAGCGUUCGCCUUACCAACCUCUCCCUGCUGCCUCAGGAUUUUGGCUUCUUAGGUGUUCCAGAGUUUAUUGAGGUCCAGCCUAAUGAUGGUUUUGGCACUCUGCUUCCACAAGAAACCCUGGAGAUUGAUCUGAUUUUCAGUGUCAACAAAGCCAAAGAGUACAGUUUCCAGCUCAACUGCAAAUCUGGAAUUAACAGGGAUUUCCUUCUGUCUUGCCGAGCAGUCGGUGUUUGUCCUCCAUUGGAGCUCUCCCAUUCUCUGGUCCAGUUUGGGGCCACGGCAGUAGGUGACCACUCCACUGCCAUACUUUGCCUGAUCAACCAUCAAACUAAACAUAACCAGUCCAGACAACAAACCCCUCCAGUGGUCAAGGACACCAUGACUCCUGUAGCACCCAGGCUGUUCUCCUUCAGCCCACCCAAGGAUUCAGACAUCAGCAUCACUCCUUCCACGGGCAGCCUGCUGCCUGGAGAGAGAUGUCUGGUCCAGGUGACAUUCAGACCCAGACUGUUGGACCAGGAGAUCAAAGAGGAGGCGCUGCGUCUCCUCGACAGAGCCAAGUUGCUCCGUGAGAAGGAAUUGGAGUGGAGCAAACAAGCUGAACAGGAGACUAAAAAGGAGGUCCCAGUGAAAAUCAGUAGAGGGAAGAAGGUUCCUGUGCUGUCAGACGAGCCAAAAACGGAUCAACUAGCUGAAUCACCAAAUCCUGCAGAUAUACAGCCAGGGUCAGAGCAGUAUGAGGAGGCCAGAGCUUCUCUGCUGUACUCUUUCACACAACGCUACAGCAAAUACACCGUUCCAUGUUUUGUGUCUGACGCAAACCCUCCAGAGGAAGACCAACAAGAGCAGCCGGCAUGGAGUCCCUUCAAUACUCUUUACUUGAAGCUGCAAUGUCCUGCUGUACAGCCCCCUCUAGUGGUAAUAUCGGACCAUGGACAGAAUAUCAUAGACUUCUAUCAGGUGGCUGUGGGAGAAAAAGUGAUCAAGAAGGUUACAGUUCAGAACAUUUCAAAGGAACCGUUGGAUUUGGGGUCAUCUCUGCUGGAUAUACACGGUGCUUUUUGCCUCCUGAAUCCUCUCAGAUGUAUCAGACCUGGACAAAGACACACUCUGUCAAUGGCCUUCAGUCCACAUCUGGAGAAAAAGUACUGUGAGACGCUGGAGGUGCGUAGCCAGAAGAUGACCCUGAGGAUGACUCUGUGUGGGGAGGGUGUUGUCCCUGCUGUCACCACCUCACACUCUGGAGAUCUCCUUGACUUUGGUUAUGUGUUGGAGAAGGACAGCACCUCACAGGUUCUGAAGCUGCAGAACAGCUCAGCGGUGGCAGUGGGUUUCCGAGUGCAGAUGGCCAGCCUCUCUCCCUCUAGGCCUCAGUGUGGAGCUGACAGGGUGCCCUUCCUGCUGGGCAGUUACACAGACUCUAAGGUCCAGCCUACUGUGGGAACCCAGAACUACAGUGGGCUGAGUGUGUUCAGUGUGGUGCCAAUAGAGGGCAGCAUUGCUCCAGGACAAAGCCAGAACAUCACUGUCACCUUCCAGCCUGACCAUCCGUCUGUCUACUAUUCUGACAGACUAACCAUAGAGCUCAUGAAUAAGAGUAAAGUGUGUGUGAUGGAUCUGAAGGGUGCAGCUUCUUCACAUAACAUGUAUCUAUAUGGAGGAGACCUGCUGACAGUACCCAUCGAGUCCCUCCUCCCUCCAAUGAUAACCAGUCAACCUCAGCUCACAGCAGAGUCAGCUGUGAUAGAGAAGCCUACCAUCCCUGUGCUGGUGACCCUGCGGGCCAGCUACAACGCUGGGACCAUCACACCUGCAGUGAGGAUGCUGCAGGUGGGCUGCAUCCGCUCCACACAGCCCAGUAAGAAGAGCAGUGAGUUUCUCUGGGAUAACGUGGCGUCCCUGCAGCAGCAGGGCUUCAGUGUGGAGCCCAGCAAAGGAACCGUGGAACCAGGCCACAAACGCACCAUCACUGUCACAUGGACUCCUCCCAGUGGAUACAAGCCCUACGAAGUGGUGCAGACAUGUGUGCCUGUUACCUUGAAGGGGGAUGAGACGAAUGUUUACAGAGUCACCCUGAUGGCUUUGGUCUCCACCACUGCUGACUGACCUCCGCAGAACCUGGAUGCGGGCCAGUG